AUGAAGAACUUGGGAGCUUCUUUGGUAAUUUUUCUCUUGUUCCAACUUGCCAGAGCUCAAAACAAAGAAGGAUCUGACCCUGACCCAGAAAUGAUCCAUCCUGUACAUCCUAGCUUGGCAGUCAUCGUAGGUAUAAUAGCUAUGAUGUUAUCUGUGACAUUCCUCGUCCUCGCAUACGCGAAAUUCUGUCACCGAAACCCGUCCCGUCCUUCAUAUUCCGACACCCAAAACAACCAAGGCCUAAACGGGGCUAGGCCCCGAUUCUCCGGGAUCGACCGGGAAGUCAUUGACUCUCUCCCUCUCUUCAGGUUCUCCUCGCUGAGGGGCUCGAAAGAAGGCCUAGAGUGCGCGGUUUGCAUCAACAAGUUCGAGGACUCAGAGACCCUACGCCUGUUGCCGCGGUGCAAGCACGCGUUCCACUCGAACUGCAUCGACCAGUGGCUCAAGAGCCACUCUAGCUGUCCGCUUUGCCGGUACAAAUUCAAUCCUAGGGACCUCACGAGCUUCGCUUAUUCGUUGAGCCUGAGAUUCUCGCAGCGUAUUCCGUCGAAUUUGUUGGAGGAUGCAAAUCUCGAGCUCAUCGUGCAGAGAGAAGCGGAUAACAACCACGGUUCGUCUCGAUAUAGCGAAAGAAUCAGCUUCCGGUAUUCAGAAAAGGGACCGAAUUUCGGAGAAGAAUGCCUGAAUGAGGAGAGUGGUAACUGUGGAAGCGAUCAAAAGCUACUCCACAAGUUCAAGCACAAGAUCAUCGUCUCUGAUGUGGUUGCCAAGAGCCGGUGGAGCGACGUCAACUCUUCUGACUUGCUCUUCUUGAACUCUGAAAUGAUCAAUGUUUUUUCGAGCAGAAGAUUCGCAGACUCGGAAUCUAGGAGUGGAAGAUUCAAUGGCGAUUUCACGGCGAACGAACAUUUGGCCAAGAUUAAGGAGGACAUAGAGAGGAAGAGGUUGUUUCAGUCCAAGGUUGAUACAAUCGCCAGUUCCAGCAAUGCGCUUGCCAAUCCUGGAGAGAAUUCAUCAAAGCUCAUAAGCAAUCCUGCUGAGAAACGAUCCAUGUCCGAAAUCGUCAACGUUUCAAGGUUCGCAUUCAGUACGAAGCACAGAAAUAAAGAAGUUCUGGGAAAUUAUAAUGGAAGGGAAGAGAGAAUGAGACAGCUUUGGUUGCCGAUGGUACGCCGGACAGUUCAAUGGUUCGCCGGUCGAGAAAGAGACUCGCGAGUGGCGGAGGAGAAAGCUCACAGAUCGAACGUCGAAAAUAUUUUGUAG